AACUACGCUGCGGCUCCUUUAAGAACCAGUCGCGUUUUUGUUACCAUAACAACAAGUAGCCACAAACCCACGUAAAGGAGCAAGAGCCGUGAGGUGCGUCAAACGUUAGGUGGGAGCGGGGCUUAACACUGAAAUUUUGCAGAUUAUACCAAAGAGAGACUUUUUCAGUCACUAAAAGAAAAUGGAAGCUAACAUUUUUCCUAACAAGCAGCAACUGAAGUUGUGAAAAGCGGCGUCUGAGCGGGGUGGUCGCUAGAGAGUUGCCAGGAAUAAUCCAGGAGAGUGAUGAUGGUUUCUAUGUGAAGCACUGGCUCAGAUGGACAAACAAAAAAUGAGCAAAAAGCAUGAGUCAGUAAAAGUGUCAGAAGUGGAGGAGCACAUUUUUCUCAAAUAUGAAAUCAGGAAGAGAAUCGGAAAAGGGGCCUACGGCAUUGUAUGGAAAGCAGUCGAUCGACACACGGGGGCGACUGUGGCAGUGAAAAAAAUCUUUGAUGCUUUCAGAAACAGGACAGAUGCGCAGCGGACAUUCAGAGAAAUCAUGUUCCUUCAGGAGUUCGGAGAUCAUUCUAACAUCAUCAAACUCUUAAACGUCAUCCGAGCCCAAAAUGACAAAGACAUUUAUCUCAUCUUUGAGUACAUGGAUACCGACUUACACGCUGUGAUUAGGAAAGGCUCUCUUCUUAAAGACAUUCACAAGCGUUACGUUAUGUACCAGCUCUUCAGGGCCAACAAGUACCUCCAUUCAGGAAAUGUUAUUCACAGAGAUGAAAAACCUUCCAACGUACUUUUGGACACAGACUGCGUCGUCAAGCUCUGUGACUUCGGCUUAGCCAGAUCUCUCAACCAGAUCCAGGAGGACAGUGGGAACCCAGCUCUGACGGAGUAUGUGGCAACGCGGUGGUAUCGGGCUCCUGAGAUCCUGCUGGGAUCAACAAGGUACACCAAUGGUGUGGAUAUGUGGAGCCUCGGCUGCAUCCUUGGAGAAAUGCUGCUUGGAAAAGCUCUGUUUCCUGGAACUUCGACCAUCAACCAAGUAGAGAAGAUCAUGAGUGCCAUACCUCACCCCAGCCCAGAAGAUAUUCUCGCCAUCAAGUCUGAAUACGGAUCUUCUGUCAUUCAGAGAAUGUUAUUGAAACCACAGGUGCCUUUGGAGGAUCUUCUCCAGCCUUCUGUGCCUCCUGAUGCCCUCGACCUGCUGAAGGGUUUGUUAGUUUUUAACCCGGACAAGCGGCUGACUGCAGAGCAGGCUCUUCAUCACCCAUAUGUAUCCAGAUUCCAUAAUCCAGCCAAAGAGCCAGCCCUCAACUACGAUGUAGUCCUGGCAGUGGAUGAUGACGUGCAAUUAUCUGUGAUUCAGUACCGCAACAAAUUAUACGAGAUGAUACUGGAAAGGAGAACACAGCAAGGGAUAUUGAGGCUACCAAACAACAGAGCCUGUGGAGAUAGCCAGGAGAAACCCAGCUCAAGGAAGAGUGAUAAAGAAGAGGAGAGCCCUGCAGCUGCAGCAUCCAACAACAAUGAGAGGAAAACAUGCAAUGAGGAGACAGGCGAGACAAACCAUGAGCCUUCACAUACGGAGAUCGCUAAAACAGAGGCUGCCAAUGCAUCUAACCCAUCUACAACAGAGAAGACGAGUCCACAACCUGGUUACCGCUUAGGAAAACCUGCAUAUAACCCCAUAACUCAUGUUUCAAAUGGUUUUUAUCGACCCCCUCGCUAUUCUGUAACCGGCAGGAGCUCAGCAGGACACGCCAGAACAAGAACUGCAAUUACAUCAUCAGCAGAGGGCAACGACUCUAAUGUAUCCAUGGACCAGAUUCUCCAGCGGGGUCGUUCAGCCAAUGUGGUUCACAACCGCUCCUUCUCCUGGAGCCUCAGUCAAACGCAAAACAACCCUUUAGUUCGCAAAGAUGACGCAUCUUUAACGGCUGGGUUGCAUAUCUCUUCAGCUCCACUGAACCAGCGCCCCAGUUCUCAGGCUCGCGAAGCUCGUCCACCACCGCGGUUCAGCAAGAAAGUGUUUCAGAACAACUGCAAUGUGGCUGGCACUGGAGACCCACGGGCCAAAUUAGGCAGCUAUACCCAAGCCUACGGCACCAUCAACAAGACAGAACUGGAUAAUCUGAUUCGUAGCCGCCACCAUAAACAAUAGCUUUCAUAAUAUCAGAGGUUACACAGAAGGAGGAAGUUGCAAGUAUUUGAAUGUACAACAAAGUUUGCUUUGAUCGUCUUGCUAAGACAGGAUGGCAUCUAGCUGGAAAACAGGAGCUGUGUAGAAAGACCAUGAUUUACUGCAUCAGUUAUGGUCAUGACUUAUGAAAAGUCAAUGAUGAUGGGCUCUUCCGCAGCUAUCAUAUUAGAUGGGUUUAGUAUGUAAUUCUACUGAAGGAUUUUGCAACCUUUUUCUUUGCCAGACUAAAAUGCUAACCAUUAAAAGUAAACAAGAGGUUUGAAGUCCCAAAUUCCUAGAGUCAUUUUCUCUAGACGAGAAGCAGAGAAUUUGUUUGUUGGGUAAAAAUUGUGGGGGUGAGCUGCAUAUACACCAUUUCCAUUGUCCAUUCCAUCAUCUGGGAUAAUGUCUCACUCUCUGAAAGGUUCUUCACACACAAAUAGGGACUUAUCAGGAACUAGUAGUACUAUUUAUUUUACUUCGCUGUUGCUGAAAGUUUUAUGAAGCAAAGAGCUCUCGCAUCAAACUAAAUCAAACCCAACACCCUCAUUUAACAUCAUUUUAAAACAUCGGCUAGUUGGGUUGAAGAUGGGCACACGAUUGCUGUAAAAUAUGCAAAUAGAUGUUUUAAUAAAUGAUUGCAAUGAGUGAUUUAUGUUUAUGUGAACAUACCAGCAAUAAACCUUCUUCUAUACGCAAAUUGAAAACAAUCAAAA